AAUAAAGAACAUGGAGGAGGAGAAUAGGAAGAGAAGUUCAACCAAGUUCAUUCAAGCAAGGACACACAUAUGGAACCACAUGCUUCGCUACUUAGACUCUUUAUCUCUCAAAUGCGCAGUUGAGCUCGGCGUGCCGGGCGCCAUCCACAACCAUGGCAACCCUAUGACACUCUCCGAGCUCAUCCAAGCCUUACACAUCCCCACAUCGAGAGCUCCGUUUCUCCAACGCAUCAUGCGCAUUCUUGUUAACUCUGGCUUCUUCUUUUCGUUUAAAAGAAAUGAAGAGGAGGUGUAUGAAUUGACCACCUCCUCUAAACUUCUCAUCAAGGGAAGCAUCAACUCUUUAGCACCUCUAGUUGUUUACAUCUCAGGCUUGGAAACGGAGAUGGCUGGCCAAGCCAUGAGUGCAUGGAUUAAGGGUGCUAGUGAUGGUGGUGGUGAUGAUGAGAAUAAGACACCAUUUCAUUUGGCUUAUGGGAAGAGUGUGUUUGAGUUUGCAAGUGAGAGGCCUGAGUUCAAUGCUUUGUUCAAUGAGGCCAUGGCUUCUGAUGGCAAAGUGCUUAUGGGAGAAGUGGUGAAGGAGUGGGGUGAUGUCCUCUUUGGAAAGCUCCGGUCACUCGUGGAUGUCGGUGGUGGCAACGGCAGUGCUGCCUCAGUGAUCGCUGGGGCUUUUCCAGCAGUGAAGUGUUCGGUUCUUGAUUUGUCUCAUGUCGUGGAUAUUCAGCCGGAUAAUGGACUAGUUGAGUUUGUGAGGGGUGAUAUGUUUGUGCAUGUUCCUGCUGCAGAUGCUGUCCUACUCAAGUGGGUGUUGCAUGAUUGGAGUAAUGAAGAUUGUGUAAAAAUAUUAAAGACAUGCAAAAAGGCUAUCUCAAAUGAAGUAGGAAAGGUGAUCAUCAUUGAAGCAAUUGUAGAACAUGAUGCUGAUUCAGAUGAGACCACAAAGACUCAAUAUCUACUUGAUAUACAUAUGAUGACAGUUACCACAGGGAAAGAGAGAGAUGAAAAUGAAUGGAAAACAAUAUUCGUUCAGGCGGGUUUCCCAAGUUAUAAGAUAGUUUGUGAUUUUGGAGUUCAUUGUGUAAUUGAGGUUUACCCUUAAUUGCUUUUAUUUUAUAUUUAUUUUCUUAAGAAUGUUAUUGGUUUCUGCUGAAUAAAAUAUUAUGUAGUGCCAACGGAGUUGGUGCAAGUUACAAUAGCAACUGAGUUCAAGUUCGAAUAUUUAUGUGUAUAAAAAACACUUGUUGAAAUAGAUUUAAACUUGUAACUCUCAAAAACCUAGUCUCAAAGAAAAAAAAUUUCA